AAGAAGCCAUUCAAUUGCGCUGUGUGCGGGAAGGCAUUUGCAGAUUCAUCAACUCUUCGCAAUCACCAAAAAACACACUGUGAGAAGCCAUUCAAUUGCUCUGUUUGUGUGAAGGCAUUUGCCCGUAAAGCAGAUCUUCACACUCACCAAAAAACACACACGGGCGAGAAGCCGUUCAAUUGCGCUGUGUGCUGGAAGGCAUUUGCACGGAAAUCAGAUCUUCACAAGCACCAGAAAACACACACGGGCGAGAAGCCGUUCAAUUGCUCUGUGUGUGGGAAGUCAUUUGCAGAUUCAUCAACUCAUCACCAGCACCAGAAAACACACACGGGCGAGAAGCCGUUCAAUUGCUCUGUGUGUGGGAAGUCAUUUGCAGAUUCAUCAACUCAUCACAAGCACCAGAAAACACACGGCGAGAAGCCGUUCAAUUGCUCUGUGUGCGGGAAGUCAUUUGCCCGUAAAGCAGAUCUUCGCAAUCACCAA